AUGCGUCUCUCAAGCCACCUCCCUCUCGCCAUCGUCGUGGCCGCUGCUUCCGUUGCGGUCGGACGUCCUGUUGAUGACUACGUGUACACUGCACGCAGCGAUGCCGGGUUGUCGGCGCGCGACCUCCGGGUCCUCAAUCUCUUCAUGCGCGAGUAUUUGCCGCUGCCGGGCCGUAGCGACCCUGACCUCUACCUGUUCGCUCGCGAUGAUUCCGGCGUCGCAGAUCUCCCGCAACGGGAGUACUUCGAGCCUGAGCUGGUCGCGCGCGGGGCCCUCGACCAGCCCAAGCGGGAGAGCUACAAAACUUGGGAAGAGUGGGACAGUGCGAUGCGUGCAUGGAACGCUCGGAUGGGGAAGCUGGCCCACGCGACGCAGAAGGCAGUCGACAAGCAUGGGACUAGUGCCCAGCCUCAGCGGCAGGACUACAGGACGGCGGAAGAGUGGGAUAGUGCGAUGCGCACAUGGAACGCCAAGAACAGGAAGUUGGGCAACGCGGUGCAGAAGAACGUCAACCAGGCGGUUACGUCGCAUAACAAGGAGCAAGCGAAGAAGGCUGGAUCGUCGUCCAAGAACGGCGCACUCAAGAAGAAAGUCGGGUUUGUUGGAAAGCUACUCGGGAAGAAGGGAAAGAGGGGUGUAGUGGAGAUGUGGGAUCUCUAUUAG